AUGCCCCAAACCCUCAUAAGUUCCAAUCAGGACCUGGGAAUUGCGCUUGAUGGGGGUCUGACAGCCUUUCGCCCUGGGGACCUUGUGGUUGGGCGCGUGUAUCGAAGCACACCAAUUCUCAGCCCUGCCGCGACCCUUACCAUCUCGCUUCACGGCCGUGCAAAGGCAAAGGCCGUGGAGAAAAAGGGCAACAGAAUCGAGUAUCGCUCUCGAGUAGACUUGAUCAGCAGCGAAAAGUCGCUCCAAACCCUCUUUAGCGGCCCCCUCCAUAUCGCUCUCGGAGAGGCUGGUGAUGCCAAGCAAUGGAAUUUCGAAAUAAGGAUCCCAACGCAUGUCGACGCUGAUGCCGUCAAGUCAGAGGCUCUAAAACAAGGGGGCCACUCGCCAACAGGAGACGAGUCCAUUUUCCAACAGACCUUGCCUGCAAGUUUCCAUGUCCAGUCGCUCAGGAAUGAGGCAUUUGUCGAGUACUACUUGGACGCGAAUCUAGAGGCCCAGCGUCAAGACUCUAGUCUUAGUUGGACGGCGAGAAUACCUAUUCAGGUCCAUGAGUUUAGACCUGGGCCGCCCCUGACGGAUAAUCCACUAACCAUCAAAGCAAUCCCGUUCUCGGUUCGGUCACAACGCCUUCUACCUGAUAUGGAAGAUUGCCAGCUUACUGCUUCGCAGAAAUUCAAGAAGCUGAUCCACGCAUCAUCGAUCCCCGCGCUAUGCUUUGAAUUAGAAAUCACGCUCCCUGCGAUCCUUCAGAUAGGAAUAAGGCCAAUUCCGUUCCAAUUGAGAGUGGUUCCAGACAUGGAAAAGUCGAGUGAAGUGCUCCGGGGCGUUCCACAGACGAUCACUCUAGCCAGUAUGAAGGUGGAAUUGGAGAGCUUGUGCCAAGUUCAGUGUCGGGGGAUGUUUGAUAACAUCGCAGCAGCCUGGACAACUGAAACAGAUCUCAUGUGUGGAAGAUAUCUAUUUCAUCGUUCUGAUACUUAUGAGAUCCCCUAUUCGGAGGAGCUGCCCAUCGAUCUAGGAGAGAAGAUCCGGCUUCGGGUCUUGAACGAGCGAGGGCCUAGCGCGGAAGAUAAUUACAUCACACCGGAUAUUGAGGCACCCAACAUGCGCCUGACGCAUCGAUUGAAAUGGGAAAUCAAGUUGGAGAUAGCAAGGGAAACAAUGCGGGCGAGCGGUUCAAGAAUAGUCCGGCUGUUGCCGCCAGUUGAGCCAGGCGGAGAGGAACACGCCAAACCCCCGCCGGACACUGAUCAACAAGACGAAUGGAUAAAACCUCCCUAA